AUGGUCGAUGCACAUGGAGGUUCACCUGAAUGUAAGCCUAAAUACCUAUUUGUGAAGGUUUCCGAGAAGUAUUGCAUUGCAUGGAACCAUCGAGAAGUAGAAAGUCUCGGGGUGAUAAAGGAUGAGCGGACUAAGGAGGAUGACGAGAACGUCAAGGAAAUUGAUGAUGAUCUAAAGAAAAUCAUGAAGUACCCAAAACUCAUUAAGUGGAGUGACGUCAUGCGGUCGAGCGCUGCACCGAAGAAGAAAAAGAAGAGAAUUGGAGGUCCAACCGUGGCAGUUCACACAUUUGGCGAUCCUCUAGCUAUCGAAUUCCCCCUGUUGGAAGAAUUUGCUGCUCAAUUGAAUGAGACCGACAAUGUGAGGCUGGAUGCUAUCGAGGAAGUUAAUAUGGCUGCCACGAAGUAUGGAGCCUAUAAAGUAGCUGUUGCGGGCCUCAAGAGACUUAAUAGGGACAGGCCUAUCAAGGCCAAGUGGUUCAAGUAUUUCCUAAAGGAAAACCCGAAGAAGGCCAUGCACGAGGCGCUGGUAAAUGUUCUCACCAAGCUCAGCAUCGAGCAGCUACCUCUAUGGGAGCCUUUAUGCGGAGCUCUUGCCAAGAUGGGUACUCCUGAGAAAAUCACCACGUUUCCUAGUGAUCUCGCAACAGUCUCGUCCAAGGACCCAAGCGAAGAAGAGCCAAUCCUUGAGGUUCCGGAUGAGUACAUGGGUAUCGAGCUCGAGAACGCCGAUGACGAGGCCUCAGAGGAAGACGUGGCUGACACUUGCCAUUCAGGAGCCCAGAAGAAUACUGAAGAGACGUCUCGGAGUCUUCCAAAGGACAACUCUUUUGGCCAAGAUGUUGUAUGA